AGGAGACUCGCUUGAGCCCAGGAGGCAGAGGUUGCAGUGAGCCCAGGUCGCGCCAUGGAACUCUCCAGCCUGGGUGACAGAGCGAGACUCUGUCUCAAACCCACAAGACCUCUCUCUCCCGCUAGUCUAUAAAGCUUCUUGAGAUAAAGCUUUUGUGUUUGCUAGUGAAUACUACUCCUGUUUCUCCUACCUGAUACAGUGAACGCUCAUAAGAUGUUUGAGUGCUCACAUGAAUGCACGACCAGACCCGACUGAAUUAUUUUUAUUCUUCAGGCUCCUGAGUCUGGCCGACACUUUCAGAGUAGACGUUUCCAAGAGAUGAUUAAGAACACACAUCCGCGCGUCUGUACAUGCAAACUCGAGCAAUACAACAUAAAGCACUGAAGAUGCGCCACUCAAAAGCAACUGGAAGCCUUCAUUUAUCAGGCUGGGGCUAGGGAAAAUCCAGCCAGUGUUGGAGAGGUUCUACAAAGCUAAUCUUUGUAAUUCCUUGAGGUUCUACCGUUCCGUAGAUGGCUUCUAGACCAAAGGCCGCAAGUGGUCAAUUCACUAAAUCUAGCCACAGUCACAGACCCCUGCUUUGAAUUUACCACGCGGAGAGCAGCCUUUCCUGUGCUUCCUGCUUCCCCCGGAAGUGCCUUGCUACAGGAAGUGACGAGAGCCGGGAGGACCGAGGGUGGGGAACUACCUUUUCCUCUCCACGCGGUUGAGAAGACCGGUCGGCCUGGCAGACUGCGCUGAAGAUGCCGGGAAAACUCCGUAGUGACGCUGGUUUGGAAUCAGACACCGCAAUGAAAAAAGGGGAGACACUGCGAAAGCAAACCGAGAAGAAAGAGAAAAAAGAGAAGCCAAAAUCUGAUAAGACUGAAGAGAUAGCAGAAGAGGAAGAAACUGUUUCCCCCAAAGCUAAACAAGUUAAAAAGAAAGCAGAGCCUUCUGAAGUUGACAUGAAUUCUCCUAAAUCCAAAAAGGCAAAAAAGAAAGAGGAGCCAUCUCAAAACGACGUUUCUCCUAAAACCAAAAGUUUGAGAAAGAAAAAGGAGCCCAUUGAAAAGAAAGUGGUUUCUUCUAAAACCAAAAAAGUGAUAAAAAAUGAGGAGCCUUCUGAGGAGGAAAUAGAUGCUCCUAAGCCCAAGAAGAUGAAGAAAGAAAAGGAAAUGAAUGGAGAAACUGGAGAGAAAAGCCCCAAACUGAAGAAUGGAUUUCCUCAUCCUGAACCUGACUGUAACCCCAGUGAAGCUGCCAGUGAAGAAAGUAACAGUGAGAUAGAGCAGGAAAUACCUGUGGAACAAAAAGAAGGUGCUUUCUCUAAUUUUCCCAUAUCUGAAGAAACUAUUAAGCUUCUCAAAGGCCGAGGAGUGACCUUCUUAUUUCCUAUACAAGCAAAGACAUUCCAUCAUGUUUACAGCGGGAAGGACUUAAUUGCACAGGCACGGACAGGAACUGGGAAGACAUUCUCCUUUGCCAUCCCUUUGAUUGAGAAACUUCAUGGGGAACUGCAAGACAGGAAGAGAGGCCGUCCCCCUCAGGUACUGGUUCUUGCACCUACAAGAGAGUUGGCAAAUCAAGUAAGCAAAGACUUCAGUGACAUCACAAAAAAGCUGUCAGUGGCUUGUUUUUAUGGUGGAACUCCCUAUGGAGGUCAAUUUGAACGCAUGAGGAAUGGGAUUGAUAUCCUGGUUGGAACACCAGGUCGUAUCAAAGACCACAUACAGAAUGGCAAACUAGAUCUCACCAAACUUAAGCAUGUUGUCCUGGAUGAAGUGGACCAGAUGUUGGAUAUGGGAUUUGCUGAUCAAGUGGAAGAGAUUUUAAGUGUGGCGUACAAGAAAGAUUCUGAAGACAAUCCCCAAACAUUGCUUUUUUCUGCAACUUGCCCUCAUUGGGUAUUUAAUGUUGCCAAGAAAUACAUGAAAUCUACAUAUGAACAGGUGGACCUGAUUGGUAAAAAGACUCAGAAAACGGCAAUAACUGUGGAGCAUCUGGCUAUUAAGUGCCACUGGACUCAGAGGGCAGCAGUUAUUGGGGAUGUCAUCCGAGUAUAUAGUGGUCAUCAAGGACGCACUAUCAUCUUUUGUGAAACCAAGAAAGAAGCCCAGGAGCUGUCCCAGAAUUCAGCUAUAAAGCAGGAUGCUCAGUCCUUGCAUGGAGACAUUCCACAGAAGCAAAGGGAAAUCACCCUGAAAGGUUUUAGAAAUGGUAGUUUUGGAGUUUUGGUGGCAACCAAUGUGGCUGCACGUGGGUUAGACAUCCCUGAGGUUGAUUUGGUUAUACAAAGCUCUCCACCAAAGGAUGUAGAGUCCUACAUUCAUCGAUCCGGGCGGACAGGCAGAGCUGGAAGGACGGGGGUGUGCAUCUGCUUUUAUCAGCACAAGGAAGAAUAUCAAUUAGUACAAGUGGAGCAAAAAGCGGGAAUUAAGUUCAAACGAAUAGGUGUUCCUUCUGCAACAGAAAUAAUAAAAGCUUCCAGCAAAGAUGCCAUCAGGCUUUUGGAUUCCGUGCCUCCCACUGCCAUUAGUCACUUCAAGCAAUCAGCUGAGAAGCUGAUAGAGGAGAAAGGAGCUGUGGAAGCUCUGGCAGCAGCACUGGCCCAUAUUUCAGGUGCCACGUCCGUAGACCAGCGCUCCUUGAUCAACUCAAAUGUGGGUUUUGUGACCAUGAUCUUGCAGUGCUCAAUUGAAAUGCCAAAUAUUAGUUAUGCUUGGAAAGAACUUAAAGAGCAGCUGGGCGAGGAGAUUGAUUCUAAAGUGAAGGGAAUGGUUUUUCUCAAAGGAAAGCUGGGUGUUUGCUUUGAUGUACCUACCGCAUCAGUAACAGAAAUACAGGAGAAAUGGCAUGAUUCACGACGCUGGCAGCUCUCUGUGGCCACAGAGCAACCAGAGCUGGAAGGACCACGGGAAGGAUAUGGAGGCUUCAGGGGACAGCGGGAAGGCAGUCGAGGCUUCAGGGGACAGCGGGACGGAAACAGAAGAUUCAGAGGACAGCGGGAAGGCAGUAGAGGCCCGAGAGGACAGCGAUCAGGAGGUGGCAACAAAAGUAACAGAUCCCAAAACAAAGGCCAGAAGCGGAGUUUCAGUAAAGCAUUUGGUCAAUAAUUAGAAAUAGAAGAUUUAUAUAGCAAAAAGAGAAUGAUGUUUGGCAAUAUAGAACUGAACAUUAUUUUUCAUACAAAGUUAAAAGCACAUUGUGCCUCCUUUUGACCACUUGCCGAGUCCCUGUCUCUUUCAGACACAGACAAGCUUCAUCUAAAUUAUUUCAUCUGAUCAUUAUCAUUUAUAACUUUAUUGCUACUUCAUCAGUUUUUCCUUUUGAAAGGUGUAUGAAUUCAUUACAUUUUUAUUCUAAUGCAUUAUCUGUAGAUUAAAAGAUAAAAUCAAGCGUG